AUGGCCGAGUUCCAAGCCAUCAUUUUGGCUGGUGGUCGUGGUAUUCGUCUAUAUCCUUUGACAGAGGAGACACCCAAGUCACUUCUUCCAGCAAAUGACAAGACUUUAUUAUGGUAUCAAUUGCAUCUCCUCGAGACUUCUGGUUUUACCGAGGUGUUGGUACUUACUGUCCCGGAUCUAUUGCCCCCAAUUCAGGACUAUGUCACACGUGAAUUCGAUGGUAAAAUCCACGUUGAACUGUGUGAAGUGGCGGAUAAUACAGAAACAGCUGAUGCUUUACGAGAAGUAGCAGACAAGAUCAAGUGUGACUUUAUUGUAUUGGCUGGAGACCUCGUGACGGAUGUGGUACUGCACAAUGUCGCAGAUUUUCAUCGUAUCAACAAUGCCAGUGUUACGAUGUUACUUCGACAAGAGGCACCAAUUCGUAAAGGUGAGAAACCUCGUCGUGAUAAAGACAUGACGGAUUGCAUUGUACUGGCCGAGGGGCAACGAGAUGAAGAAAAUCGGGUUGUCUUGGUGUCUCAAGCGGUCCAUAUGAAUGAAGACUUGUACGUGGCCAAGAGUCUCCUGAAACGUCGGAGCAAUCUCGUACUUCAUACGGAUCUCUAUGAUGGACACUUUUAUAUGUUUUCGCAUUGGGUGCUCGACUUAUUGCAAGAAAAGAAGUACAUUGCCAGCAUCAAGGCUGAUCUCGUACCCCAUCUCGUACGUCGGCAAUUUCGUGGAGCAAAUGCUUUACCUGAGAGUGUGAGGGACAAGGCUACUAGUACACAGGAGCUGGCAGCGUCCAUGUCGCUGUCAGAAGCGAAACAUGACCCCGACGACCUUGUGCGCUGCUUUGCCUACGUGUUGCCUACGAACGCCUACUGCGAGCGUGCGGACACGAUCGCAGCAUACCGAGCCAUGAACGAGGAAGUCGGCUCGCGACUGCGCAUUAAGCGUUCGGGAUCCAUCUCUAGCUAG